GGUCGGGCCCGGGGGUCGCGGCAGAAGCCCAACCCCCACCCCCCACCGCUGCUGCCAUGUCGGCCGAAAACGCGGUGGUGCCGCCUGAGAGCCGGACAGAAAUUCAGAGCGUGGUGAGCCGCGUGGCCAGCCUGCCCCUGGUGAGCUGUGCCCGCAGGGCCGUGGCCUCGGCCUACGGCCGCAGCAAGGAGAGGCUCCCCUGCGUGCGCCCCGUGUGCCACGCGGCCGAGAAGGGCGUGAGGACGCUGAGAGCGCUGACAGCGGCGGCAGCCAGCCGGGCCCAGCCCCUCCUCACCCGCCUGGAGCCCCAGAUUUCCACCGCCAACGAAUUGGCCUGCAAAGGGCUGGACAAGCUGGAGGAGAAGCUGCCCAUCCUGCAGCAGCCCCCCGAGAGGGUAACGCGCCGGGGUGGGCACGGGCAGGGCUCCGGCGCCGGGCGAGCAGCGGGACCAAGCUGUCCUCGCGCCGUGCCCUGGCAGGUGGUGGCCGGGACGCGGGAGCUGCUGUCGUGCACGGUGAGCGGGGCGCUGGCCAGGACGCGUGUGGCACUCGGCGCCGUGGCGGGCACCCGCGUGGGGCGGCUGCUGGCCACGGGCGUGGACGCCGUGCUGGGCAAAUCCGAGGAGCUGCUGGAUCGGUACCUCCCGGCGGCAGACGAGGAGCUGGCAGCAACGACAGGCACGGAGGUGACCAAGGGCACGGAGAUGACCAGGGGCAAGGAGAUGACCACGGGCACGGAGGUGACCAGGGGCACGGAGAUGACCAGGGGCACGGAGAUGACCAGGGGCACGAAGGUGACCAAGGGCAAGGAGAUGACCACGGACACGAAGGUGACCACGGGCAUGGAGAUGACCACGGGCACGGAGAUGACCAGGGGCACGGAGGGCACGGAGGUGACCAGAGGCACGGAGGUGACCAAGGGCAAGGAGAUGACCACGGGCAUGGAGGUGACCAGGGGCACGGAGGUGAUCACAGGCACGAAGGUGACCACGGGCACGGAGGUGGCCAUGGGCACAGAGGUGGCCACAGGCACAGAGGUGACCAGGGGCACGAAGGUGACCAGGGGCAUGGAGGUGGCCACAGGCACAGAGGUGACCAGGGGCACGGAGGUGACCAGGGGCACGGAGGUGGCCACGCAGGAGCGGCACAGGCGGUGGCAGAGCUACUUUGUCCGCGUGGGCUCCCUGUCAGCCCGGCUGCCACACCGGGCCCUGCGGCGCUCGCUGGGGGACCUGCAGCGGGCACGGCUCCGUGCCCAGCGGCUCCUGGCCCAGCUCCACCACGUCAUCCGGCUGAUCGAGGAGGGGCAGCAGGGCACGGACGGGCCCUGGCACAGCACCCGGGAGCACCUGCACCACCUGUGGCUGGAGUGGAGCCAGCAGGAUGCGGUGCCCAUGGAGGACGACGAGGUACGGGGUGGAGGGACCGUGGGGGACAGAUGGCUCCAGCUGGGGAGGGUGGGCACAGCAGCCAUUGAGUCUCUUGAGGUGGGGACACAUGGCAAGGGGACACCUGGGGUGGUGCCACCUGGAGCAGGGGUGGAACAGCAGCCACGGAGUCCAGCUGUGGGUCCAUCCAUGGGGGGGGUGGGAUCCAUCACCCCCAGCCCCCGCUGCCCGCUGCCCACCCCACAGGUGGAGGCUCGGACUCUGGCCAUGCUCCACGGGCUCCUGCACCAGCUCCACUCCGCCUGCUCCCACCUGGCCACCGGUGCCCGGGCAUUCCCCAGCAGCGUGCAGGAGACGGCGGGACACAUCUGGCACGGCGUGGAGGGCGUCCAGGCUUCCCUGGCCAGCGCCCACUCCUUCCAGGACCUGUCGGGCCUGGUGCUGGCACAGAGCCGGGACGCCGUGACGCGGGCACAGCUGAGCCUGGAGGUGCUGGAGCACGUGGGGCAGCACACGCCCCUGCCCUGGCUCAUGGGACCUUUCGCCCCCGCGCUGGUGGAGUACCCGGAGGAUGCCCCCGUGGAUAUGUCCAAGUGGGAGGGCUCUGUCAUCGUUGGGGGGACGCACCAGGCGCCCGCUGCCCCCCGGGUCUGCAGCCGGCGCUGAGCCACCGGGGCCACCCACCCGGAGCUGCGACCCCCAGUCCCACCGGGAAUGGGGGGAUGAUGGAUGGACGUGGUGGCCCAGCGUGGCACCCCAGUGUCACGGCCGGGGACUCCUGUGGGGAUGGUGGCACGUGGAGGACGCCGUGUGAGCCUGUGUGGGAUCCAGGGCUGCCCUAAGCCCCUGGAAUGCUGGAAUUUCGUGUCUUAACAGCUUCAAACCAGUUUAAAGAGGAAAAAAACAAC